UUUGCUUUGUAGUAGCAAUUAUAGUUAAGGUACAGUUAAACUAGUUUUGUUUGCCGUCAUGCUAGAUAGAAUAAAAGUUAGCUUCUCUCCACCUCUUUCACUUUCCUCUCACUCUUUCCCGUCUGCUCGUACUGUACACGCAACCUCUUUGUCCAACCUCCCACUCCCUUUCUUAUCUUCGUCAACAGACCGUGUCUUUGGUUUGACAAAAUUUUGACUUCCGGACAAGUCAUUAAUUCUGUGAACAUUGUUUUCUUCAUUCUUGUCUGCCCUUUUCUUCUCGAGUCGCCCGACCACCCCCACCAACCGCGCCUAAGCCACUCCCUAUUGCGCAGAUUCCCUCCUUUUAGGUCUUCAAAUACAUACUCCUCUUUCGGCCUGUUCCAAUUGCAGAAAGCUACAUUCGUUCUGUUUUCAUUAUCAUUAUCAUUGAGCAAAUAAAAGAUUGCAGGCAUCUUUACAGGGUCACAAAGCCAGUUAUUUCCCCAAGAUUGGUGGAUUUCUUCCAACAUAUAGUCAAAAGCUGUUCCGAGUCUAGCAGCUACUACUAUUCCACAUCACCAACCUCGCCACAUCCGACUCUCAAACUCGGAACAAGUUCAAAAUGCAGUUCAAGACGAUAUUCACUUCAGUUUUGCUGGCCAUUUCAGGCAUGGGUGCCAAUGCUCGCCCAAUGCCCCACGGCCACAAGAACGUCGGCGUCCCACAAGAGCACUUUGAGGUCCUCAAGAUGCGCGCCUCGAACUCGGUUAACCCCAAUGCUGUCACAAAUGUCAAGUGCAUAGACUCGAAUGCUCGCAUCGUCUUCCACGACCAAAAUGUCGCCGAGUUGGGCAUCUGCGGAGGCAUUGCUGGCAAGAUCACUCAGUGCCAAGGCUCGCCCCAGCAGACGACAGGAGAGUCUGGGUCCGCCAAGUUCGAGCUCAAGGCCGCGCAGCCCGGCGCCACCAUCAACAUCUCAAAGGGCCGCUGGGAGCAGUGCGUACGCGCCGCCCGUGAUGUAUGCCCGACUGGAACCAUGAGCGGUACAUGCGUAGGGGGCGCCUCAUCUGGAGACGUCAACUUUACACUCAACAUUCAAUGAGUGGAGGCGUUUUACCAUCCGGGCUUUCAACGGUCCGGGGGCCUUCUUUUUGGACAGUGUUGUUUUGCGAAUCUUGUAUUUUUUUCAUGACAUGGGGAAUACCAUUCUGCAUUUUGGGCCUUUCAUCAACUUAGAGGCAGGCGGGCGUACUUUUUUCUUAUGUCUUUUCUUUCUUGUUUUUCUUUUUCUUACUUCACUCACUCCCUUGUUCUAUACACUUCUUGGAACGGUUUACGUUUGUACGAGCUUCGUGGGUUCGUCGAACACAACAGGGAAUUUCGAGGGGGAACGAACGCUGGGGAUGGAUUCGUUCAUUCGGACUGGAGUCAUUGGGAAACGCUUUGCAAGCUGUUGAACCAUGUGUAACAACUUUCAUUUUCUUCUUGAACUGGGACAUACCUUGACACAAACAUAGGUCACAGAACCUUGUAUAUAUCACAAAAGAAUUUUUUUUCACAUAUGUACCAAACUGCUUGGUUGUGCAGUGUCUUGGACUUCAAAACUUGGGGUUUUUUUUUGUGUAGUCUUCCAAUCCUUUGAGGAGGA